AUGCUUUUGAUCAGCCUGAUUGCACUGGCCGCAGUGGCUACCGCAGCGAAUACUCCUCGUGCCACUCGUCCAAAGGCCAACGAAUAUAAGAGCGAGGAUUGCUCUGGUUCGAUCAACUACGGCCACAACUCGUUCCUCUUGCACGACGUGACUAUGGACGACACGACGCACUCUGUUUAUUUGACCGGCAAUUGGGAGCUUUGGAGUGAGAAGACUGGAAACGGGGGUACCUGCACGGGCACAAAGUCACUUGACGUCAGCUACCCUAAUGGAGCCUGUAUCAGCACUUCUGCUAAGUCCUGGCAUGCGAACCUUCCGGUCAAGUGUGUGCGCAACAAGGACUAUUAG